UACACUAGUUUGAUCUAAUAAACCAAAAAGUGUAACCAUUUCGAAAAUUUAGCAAUUUCAAAUAGAGUUAUAUGAAACAAAUUUGAAGCUUUUCUGUUCCCAGUUUUCAUAAGAGGGAUUUAGAGGUCUGUCGUUCUCAGAGGGUUUAGAGUUAAUGGGCAAAAGCCAGCAAAUGGGGACUGUUAAAGGAGAAGAGGAGUCGAGCCUGAUUGAAUAUUUGAGGAAAGAAGUUCUUGAUUGGGACGAUGAAGUGAAGUUGAUUGCGAGGUACAAAGCAUUCAGCGGUCAGAGGAGUGAUUGGGAGCCCCUUUAUCUUUUCUGGAGGGAUUUGAUUCUCAAAGUUGCUCGACAUCUUCACAUCUUCAUUAUUCGCCCUUCUCAGGUGAAGAUUUGGUUCGACCGAGGAGGCCUCGUCCCUUUGUGCCUCGAACAAGUAUUGCUUGAAAUGUAUACCGCUGGUGAGCUAUUGCAGAAUGUGGGAGUCACUGAUCCAGCUAGUGGCUGGGUUUCCCAAAUUUUGCAGAAAGUAGUAAAUUUGGGAGGUCUGUUGAGACCACCUACUCAAGAAAAGCUUGCCGAAGACUAUUACAUCAUUCCUGUAUUACUGAAGGAAAAGGCUCUUCAAGUGGUCCAAGCAUUAUCCGAAAGCCACUGGACAGCUUCAUGUGUAAUUACAUGGAGAAUGUUCGAGGAACUUUCUGGCGGAUUCAAGGAAGCUCAUGCAGUCUUGAAUCACUUGUCUGAAUGCGGAAAAGCGAAGUACCUUGUAACAAACAAGAAGGAUUUAAUGGAGGUAAUGUUAGUAGGAAUGCUGUUCUCCAUUUGCAUUUCAUUUAUCAAUACUAUGUUUGGUUCCACAGAUAAAGAGGAAAGGGUGGAUGAAAGAGAAAUUCAUCGCUUUCUUUUCAACCAGCAGCAUGACAAUCCUGUUCAUUACAUGCAGCUUGAAAUGUAUACCGCUGGUGAACUAUUGCAGAAUGUGGGAGUCACUGAUCCAGCUAGUGGCUGGGUUUCCCAAAUUUUGCAGAAAGUAGUAAAUUUGGGAGGUCUGUUGAGACCACCUACUCAAGAAAAGCUUGCCGAAGACUAUUACAUCAUUCCUGUAUUACUGAAGUAUGAUGCUUGUUCUAUGUGCAGGUCUAGAGAAUCUGCUUUAGCUUCUCUAAAACUUGGGAACAAACAGGUGGCUCUAAGGUGUUCAAGGGAAAUGAAGCUGGCUUCUCUGAGUAGAGAAAAAUGUACAGCACUUUUAAACCGAGUGGAGGAAGUCCUUGCAAUUAUUUCUGAUGCAGAAGCCUCAAAGGAGGUUUCUGAAGCCAUUCGAAUUGGCACACAGGCUAUUAAGGAAAAUGGGAUCGAUUAUGAUGAAGUUGAGCUGUGUCUACAGGAGCUGAACGAGUGUGUUGAAUCGCAGAAGCAGAUUGAUGAAAUUCUAGGAUCAAAUGCAGCAGAUGCAGAAAUUGAUGAUGAAGGUAUUGAAGAUGAGCUGAAGAAGCUGGAGCUGAAUUUUGCCGAGGUACCGACUCAAACAUCCACCAGUCACAGUGCGGUGGACGCUCUAGUAGCAGGAGCCCAGGAAACCACCAAUGCGCUAAGUGACUCCCUUGCGAACCUUCAUAUCUCACACCAUGCAAGGAAGGACCUGGAGGCAGAACAUGCUGCGGAGCCCAUGGGUGUUGUGUCAAAUGAUGUCAAUCGGGAAGCUGCUCUGGCAUAGCCAAUGUUAGGAUCUUGUUUUCUCCAUGUUUUUGUACUGUGAUGCCUGGUAGUCCACGCCAUAAUUGAUAGAGUGUGCACCUUUCGUCUACAGGGCUCAGGGCACAAUUGUUAUGUGAAACACUGUCGAUAUGAGAUUAUGAAUUGUCAUGUCAGUGAUGUUCUUGUAUAUUAUCAAAAAGUAGUACCCCAUCUGUUCCAGUUUUUGUCCCCUUUUUUUCCUUUUAAAUAUGUAUCCGAAAGAAUGUUAUCUUUCUUUAUUAAGUAAAUUUUUAACUCCAA